AUGCCACCAAAAAAGAAGUUGAAGCUUACUCGAAAUAAGGUUGAAGUAUUUCUAGUAAAGAAAGUUAGAGAAAAUCUUUCAUGUUAUAAACUUUCUACUGGCAUAGAGGUUUUGCAAUACUACCCAUAUCUAAGAAACUUGAAUCCCAAAGUAAAGAAAACGGUUUUAAUUAGGUGUCAUUUCGAAAUUAAUUCAUUUGAGCUCAGAUGCCCUCCACAAGCUGACUGUUGUGUAAUGUCUAAAUUGGUAAGGCCAUUGAAUCUUGCAGGGUUCCCUAUCAUAACCUUGGAAAAUAUCAGUAAAAAAAAAGAAGAACUAAUUGAAGAUAUUAUAAAAGACAGGAGAAGGACAUCCGAAGCCAAAAAUGAAGAUAUUGUGUUUAUCUUAGACCAAAUUGGAAAUAGGAUAGGAAGAAUAGGAACAAAUGAUAAAAGGUUUACGUACACUAUUAAGAGAUCCCACAAAAAAUUGUGUUCCAUGUUAAACAUGGAGAUUAAAGUAAACAAUGGUAACAAUCUAUACAGUUUAGAAAACUCUUCAAGUAGUGAUAAUAAUUCUGACUGUGAAUAUGUAGCAGAUAUAAAAAAAGAACAAUCUACCUCUGUUGUUUUGUUACCAAAAAAUAUUUUAAAAAAAACAGCUCUCACAGCAAUAGGUGAAGGACUUUCAGUUAGACAACACACUGCAAUAGUGGCAAGUGUUAUUGCUAAUUCAGGAGGUGAUGUUACUAAUUUUGCAAUAUCUUCUUCAACCGCAUUUAGACACGUUACUGAUCUUGUUAAAUCUUCAUCAUUACCAAUUAUUCUCCAUUUUGAUGGAAAAAUAGUUAAGGAGUUCACAAGCGGAAUAGAACAUCAACUUGACAGACUUGCUGUUUCCAUCAGGAUAGAUGGACAGAGUGAGCUUCUUGGGGUUCCUCAUUUGAGCUCUAGUACUGGAGAAACACAGAAGAAUACAAUCAUAAAACUUCUUCAUCAAUUUGAUAUUUUUGAUAAAUUACAAGGAUGCGUUUUUGAUACAACUUCUGUAAAUACUGGUAAUAAAAAGGGUGUGUGCAUUAGAUUAGCUGCAGAGCUUGAUAGACCACUACUUCUCCUAGCAUGUAGGCAUCACAUCUAUGAAAGGCAUAUUAUUCACUGCUGGAAUAUUUAUCCAAGCAGUAAAAUAAAUGGUCCAGAUAAUCCAUUGUUUAAGAAGCUUAAAGAUGUAUGGAACUCAAUUGAUCAAAAUUCCAUUGUGUUAAACAAAGUAAAAAUUGAAGAUAUUUCUGAUAGCUGGCUGCAGGAUGGAUGUAGGUCUGAUUAUCUAGAGUUAGUGGAAUUGACAACAAUGGUUUUAUCUGGUGAUGAACAGUACAGGCUAAGAAAACCUGGGCCUGUACACCAUGCCAGAUUUAUGGCAAAAGGAAUAUACUUUCUGAAAAUGUAUCUCCUUCUAAACAACAUUUCUAGCUUGACAGAUUUUGAGAAGAAAGAAAUAAAUGAUAUGGCAUUCUUCACAGAUGUAUUUUACACAGAGUGGUUUAUAAAGGCUGAAAUUCCGGCUGUCGCUCCAUAUCAGGUGACAUUUCUAUGUUUUAAAAGUUUUUAAUCAUUUUGCUUUUUAUUACUUUUUUUUCUUUGAA